GCCGACGUCAAACGGGCAGGCGGGGCGGCCAGAGUCCGGGGCGAUGGCGGCGGAGCAGGACCCCGAGGGGCGCGCGGCGGCGCGGCCGCUGCUCACCGACCUGUACCAAGCCACCAUGGCGCUGGGCUACUGGCGCGCAGGCCGCGCGCAGGACCAGGCCGAGUUCGAGCUCUUCUUCCGCCAGUGCCCGUUCGGCGGAGCCUUCGCCUUGGCCGCGGGGCUGCGCGACUGCGUGCGUUUCCUGCGUGCCUUCCGCCUGCGGGACGCAGAUGUGCAGUUCCUGGCUUCGGCGCUGCCCCCAGACACAGACCCCGCGUUCUUUGAGCACCUUCGUGCCCUCGACUGCUCUGGUGUGACGGUGCGGGCCCUGCCCGAGGGCUCCCUCGCCUUCCCCGGCGUGCCGCUACUGCAGGUGUCCGGGCCGCUCCUGGUGGUGCAGCUGCUGGAGACGCCGCUCCUCUGCCUGGUCAGCUACGCCAGCCUCAUCGCCACAAAUGCCGCGCGCCUUCGCCUGAUCGCAGGGCCCGACAAGCGGCUGCUGGAGAUGGGGCUUCGGCGUGCUCAGGGCCCCGACGGGGGUCUUACUGCUUCUACCUACAGCUACCUGGGCGGCUUCGAUGCCAGCAGCAACGUGCUCGCAGGACAGCUGCGGGGCGUGCCGGUGGCUGGGACCCUGGCGCACUCCUUUGUCACUUCCUUUUCAGGCAGUGAGGUGCCCCCUGACCCGAUGUUGGCUCCAGCGGCUGGUCAGGGCUCCCAGGUGGAUCUGGCUGCCAGUGUGGAGAUGUGGCUGGAGCGUGUGUGUGGCCACCUGGGGCUGGGUGUGCAAGAGCCGCAUCGGGGAGAGCGGGCAGCCUUUGUGGCCUAUGCCCUGGCCUUUCCCCGGGGCUUCCAGGGCCUGCUGGACACCUACAGUGUGCGGAGGAGCGGGCUCCCCAACUUCCUGGCUGUAGCCCUGGCCCUGCAGGAGCUGGGCUACCAGGCAGUGGGCGUGAGGCUGGACAGUGGCGAUCUGCUUCAGCAGGCUCGGGAGAUCCGCGGGGUCUUCCAGACAGCUGCAGCCCAGUUCGGGGUGCCCUGGCUGCAGUCAGUCCCCAUCGCUGUCAGCAACAACAUUGACGAGGAGGAGCUGGCCCGGCUGGCCCAGAAGGGCAGUGAGGUGAACGUCAUUGGCAUCGGCACUAGUGUGGUCACCUGCCCUCGCCAGCCUUCCCUGGGCUGUGUCUACAAGCUGGUGUCUGUGGGAGGCCAGCCGCGGAUGAAGCUGACCGAGGACCCCGAGAAGCAGACAUUGCCUGGGAGCAAGGCUGCCUUCCGGCUCCUGGGCUCUGAUGGAUCUCUGCUGUUAGAUGUGCUGCAGUUGGCAGAGGAGCCACAUCCCCAGGCUGGCCAGGAGCUGAGAGUGUGGCCUCGAGGGGCCCGGGAGUCCCGUACUGUGAGGCCGGCCCACGUGGAGCCGCUGCUGCGACUCUGGGUCCAGCAGGGACAGCAGCUGUGUGAGCCACUGCCAUCCCUGGCUGAAUCCAGAGCCUUUGCCCAGCAGUCCCUGCACCGUCUGAGCCCCGCCCACAGGCGGCUGGAGCAGCCGGCACUGUACCAGGUCGCGCUGUCUGAGAAGCUCCAGGCCCUGGUGGACAGACUGAGUGCCAGAGGAGCCCUCUGACAACCUGUGCUGGGAGCUGCCUGAAAUUAACAUGAGUCAUUCACUGUC